UUUCUUCCGAUUCUGUCCACAAACGUUUCCGGGGCCGUAACCCUCGCUAGCUUGGUGAAGCAAUGGCAUUGUAUAUUCGCAAAGAGAGGAGCUUUCCAAGUUCCUGAGAGUACCCGUCAUUCAAUAGCGACAUGUUCUCACAAGUGUUUGAUAAAAGAAACUAAGCUUCUCUGUGGAACACUUUUCCUCUCCGCCCCCGAAAAGGCCGUCAUCUGGAAUGCAGCUGAAGACCCAGCAGCAGCUGCCGCUGUAAGCUGGCGGGAAGGAGAAUGCCUGACAGAGAGAAAAUAUUCCCAUAUUUCGGUCGGCUGCCUCGGCAAGAGAGCUGAGUGAGCCCCAGCAAAACUGGACGGGGGAGGAAGACCCGGAGCAGAGGCCGCCAGAGUUGCUCCUCUUCUUGGCCCACAGAGGCCAGCAUCGGGGAGAAUGGCCUGAACCCGAAGUGAACUCCUAGAACAAAGCGAGAAGAGACCAGGAAAAGAAAUCCAUUCAUCCAUAUUGGGCAUCGGAACAGGAAAGGCUGGAUUUCCUGUUGCUUUUGUGGACGGCACUGCGACCUGCAUCGCAUUUCCAGUCCAGGCCUGCUCGGGAGGGAUAACUGCCGUCCCGGCGUGGAGUUAAGCGAAUUACUCGGAGCAUCUGGACUUUCUCCCUGGAAAUCGGAAGGGCGGCUCUGGGCUGUCCUUGGAAAACGCACAAAGAGGACGGCCUUCGGGAGCCCGGAACCGGCUCCGACAGAAAAGGCCUUUCCGUGAGUGCGCUGAGAGCAUUGCUUUCGAGACCAACCACAAACACUCCAAAGUCCUUCACGGUUCGGGUUCUCCGUGGUACUUGAAGGUCCUGAUCCACAUGCCUGCGCUCCGAGAUCAGCCACUGGGGCUCUGAAACAGGGACCUACAUCAUCAAAGGCUCACUGGGGGAAGAGAGAUGAUGGCUGCCCAGCUCUCGGAGCUGGAGGAGGCCAUCGAGACGCUGGUGAAGAACUACGACAAGUACGCCAGCAAGGGCUUCUGUCGAAGGAAGCGCGGGAUCAACAAGGGCAGCUUCCAGAAGAUGCUGAGCCAGGAGCUCCACCACAUGCUGACGGACACAGAGAACAAGCAAGCGGUCGACCAAAUGAGGCAAAGCUGCGAUAAGAAUCAAGACGGGCUGAUCGGCUUCGAGGAGUACUGGCACUUAAUGGGCACAAUCGCCAACUCCCUCUUGUUCACAAUGGAAGAGCUGGAGGAGAACGCAGAGAAGUAACACGCAUGAGGGGACCAAGAUCUCCGCUGCCACGCCCCUUCCGGACUUCCUGUUCCUCCCUGGAGAGCUGCUGCCAGUCUGAGUAGACAAUGCUGACUUUGAUGGACCAAAGGUCUGAUUCAGUACGAGGCAGCUCCAUGUGUUCAUGUGCGUUUACUCUCACCACAGUCCAAUCCAACAAAGGCCACCCUUCCAGCUCCCCCUGCUGGCUGGAAUGGGUCCUACAUAUGCCACCUGCUGGCGUUUCCGCUGUUCCUCCUGACCCUGGUGUUGUGUCUGAGGAGGCCGGGAAUGGGGAUGUGGCUUUUAAACGGCCCAUCUCCUCCCUCUUUGGGAGAACACUGAAGGAUACGGCAAAUGGGUGAGGUGCAGUUGUGGGUAAAUACAUCAGGAAAGCACAGCAGCUCUGAAAGUGCAUUAGAAUAAAAUCUAGA